AUGGAGGAGACAAGACAGAGCAAGCAAAGGGUGGAAUGGGAGACGAGAUGGGAGAGAAAAGACUCCAUCGUGAUAUGGCAGCAGCAGCAGCAGGUGCCAAGGGUGCCAGAAGCGAGAGGCGAAACGGUGGAACCGCCCAAGCUAGCGGGCGAUGGGACGGAGGAGGAGGAAGACGCAGAUGCAGCCAGCAGCAGCAGCAGCCAGAAAGCCAGAGAGCCAGAGAGCACGCAGGGAGUCGAAAGCGUUGAUGCUUUUCUUCUUCUGCUGCUGCUUCUGCUUCUUCUUGCAUCUCCCUCUCUCCCUGCUCGGUGCAGACUCUCACUCUCUGGCCGGUCUCUCGCAGCAAGGCUCUCUCGCAGUCUCUCGGGUUAA